AUGGUCACUGUAGCGCCGACUACCGCAGGAGGGUCCUCGGAGCGAACGGGCAUCAAUCGCUCGGAUGGUUGGACCGGUGAAGAUACCAAGCGACCACCAGAUGACCACGAUGAAGUGCAGUUUUUCCAGGAUGGAUUGAAUACUGGUGCUCGUAUUCUAGAUGACGGCCGGGUAGAUAUCCAUAUCGAUCAGCAUAAACCGCACCUCACAGGGCUAUUGAACCGCAUCCAGCGACCGGAAAGAUAUGCUGAACGAGAGGCCGAAGAAACCGCCAAUGCAAAACGGCCUCCCUAUUCAAAGUACGAGAAUUUUCCACUGCACUUAAACCUCGUCAUCCAAGUUAUUGGUUCUCGAGGCGACAUUCAACCGUUUGUUGCACUAGGGACAGAGCUGAAAGCACACGGCCACCGAGUGAGAUUGGCCACACACUUAGCUUUUCGGCAAUUCGUUCUCGAUAGCGGUCUAGAGUUUUUCAAUGUCGGAGGAGACCCAGAGGAGCUGAUGGCUUACAUGGUCAAAAAUCCGGGCCUUUUACCGGGGUUCAAAGCAAUACGCAGCGGAGACAUCCAGAAGCGUCGGCGUGAGAUGAAGGAAAUCUUCACUGGAUGUUGGAAAUCCUGUUUUGAAACUGGUGACGGGACUUACCUUCACCAGAUUAAGGAAGACCCAUGGAGUAAUACUUUGGAUUAUCGACAACGGCCCUUUGUGGCGGAUGCUAUUAUAGCCAACCCUCCUAGCCUUGCCCAUAUUCAUUGCGCACAACGACUAGGCAUCCCUCUCCAUGUUAUAUUCACGAUGCCCUGGUCACCAACCCAGUCUUUCCCCCACCCGUUAGCGAAUGUUCACCCCCGGAACUGCAAACCGACUAUCGCAAAUUUUAUGUCCUAUAAUGUUGUCGAUAUGAUGGUAUGGGAAGGCUUAGGAGAUAUUCUAAACACGCUUCGCAAAAACACUUUGGCACUGCAGCCUCUGGAUACAAUGACUGCCCCAAACAUACUACACCGACUACAUGUGCCGCACACGUAUCUAUGGUCUCCUUCAUUACUACCUAAGCCCCCCGAUUGGGCUGAUAACAUCGAUGUAUGCGGCUUUAGCUUCCUCCUGUCAGAGACCAGCUACACACCACCAACGGAAAUAGCUACGUUUCUCAACGCAGGACCAAAACCAAUAUAUAUCGGAUUUGGCUCGAUCGUGGUCGAUAAUCCUGCCAAAUUGACGAAGAUUAUUUUUGAAGCAGUCCAAAAAUCCGGACAGCGGGCUCUUGUCUCAAAAGGCUGGGGAAAUCUGGGGGCAGACGAAGUGCCGGAAAAUAUUCUUAUGAUUGGAAACUGCCCUCACGAUUGGCUAUUCCGGCAGGUUUCAUGUGUCAUCCACCAUGGUGGUGCUGGCACCACAGCGGCAGGCCUCGCGCUAGGUCGGCCGACGAUAAUUAUCCCUUUUUUUGGAGACCAGCAAUUUUGGGGAAAUAUCGUUGCGCGGGCUGGAGCUGGACCAGCCCCAAUACCAUACAAAUAUUUGAACCAGCAGAACCUCUCAGACGCAAUACAGAAAGCGCUAGAGACAAGUACUCUGGACAAAGCACAGGCGAUCGCAAGGAAAAUGCAAGAAGAGUCUGGCGUGCGCCGUGGUGUGAGUAGCUUUUAUCGAAAUCUGGACCCCCAGUCACUCAGAUGCUCUCUGAUCCCGAAUCUGCCAGCGGCUUGGCACCUCAAACAUACUAAAAUCAACUUGAGUGCCUUUGCAGCAACGGUUCUAGUGAAAUCGGGCAAGAUCAGUCCAGACAUGCUCGUUCUCCACCGUCCAAUGGAAUAUGAUACAUUCAUGGACCCUGCCGACCCACUUAUUGCUAGUGCUCAGGUGCUCUUUGGGGUCAUUUCGAGCUUUGUGACUGGGCUUGUAGAUUCACCAGGAGAGAUUGUGCGUGGUAUUUCUUCUGCUGCUCACGCAAUACGCCAACCCCAUGAACAUUUUGAGCGUCACGCAGCAUGUCGGGAAGCAAUUGCUUCUCUGGAUCAAGAAUCACGAGAGGUUCAUGCAUCCCUAGAGGUUCAUGCAUCCCCAGAGGUUCAUGCAUCCCCAGAGGAUAGUAUUGAGAGCGAGGAAAUACAGAUCCAAAACGAGGGCGGGCAGUUGCAGAUUGAGAAUGAUGAACAGGGAGCUAGAGGAAACGGAGAAGAGGAGAGUACACAGGAAGACACUACCGAUGAGGACAAUGAAAGUGAUGUCAACCACAUCGAUCCAAUUCGGAGCACAGAGCGCAAAAGGAAUCUCCAGCUCGAAAAGGCCAAGACAAUGGGCAGCUCGAUGGAACCCUUAAAACCACCCAAAUUCACCCUCUUACACGAAGUUACGUUACACGGAAGUCAAAUGUCGAAGAAGAUAGUAAAGGUAAUCAUAACUUUACCGGCCGACGUGUCACUGAGCAUGGCGAGAGGUUUCCACAACGCACCCAAACUAUAUCACGACCCCACAGUAAGCGACAUCCCCCAGGUGAUCGGUAUUCGAAGUGGGUUCAGGGCGGCAGGAAAGGAGCUCCGAGACGGAUUCUACCUGGGUAUCACGGGCCUAGAAACACUCCCACGUCAUGGCCUCAAGCAUGGAGGUGCUAAGGGGCUGCUCAAGGGGGUCGGGAAAGGAAUAGGCGGGGUGUUUCUCAAGCCGACAGCAGGGCUAUGGGGUCUGGCAGGGUAUCCCUUAAGCGGGAUACUCAGAGAAAUCAACGACUCACUAGGCAGACAUCAAAGAUGCAUGGUUGCAAUGGGUCGCAUUAGGCAGGGACUCGAAGAGAUGCGAGGGUCCACGGCACAGGAAAGGGAAGAGGUAUCCAGGAGGUGGGUUACGAUUGAAUAUGAUUUGAAAAGGUCGAAAAAAAGACACAAGUCGGAUUCUGCCAAUGCUGUUGUUAUAUGA